CAAAAAACCAGCAAAGGGAGCACAGCCGCUUCCGUUGGGUUGCAGUUCUUGCUGCCCCCCCUAGGCGUUUCCGUUCCCCUCCUCCCUCAAGCUCGCCGCUCGCCGCUCGCCGCUCGCCGUACAUCCAUCGACCCGAGCGACGGGAGAGGAGCGGUUUCUGGUUUUUAUCCUGGUCUCGGCUCCGGCGUUUAUGCUCUCCGUACAUAGAAGAGUGGAGUAGGAGGAGUUUGCCGGUGGGUGAGAGGUCGUCUGGGGGGUUCCGGCGGAGUUUGGAGAUGAUCGGUAAUAAUUCCAAAAACCGGUUUAGCUCCGGCGGCAGCAAUGGAGGCGGUGGCUCUAGGCCCGCCGGCAGGGAGUGCGUGAUCUGGACGGAGGAGAUGAACGAGUACCUCAUUGACGCCCUGCUCCACCAGCAGGACGUCGGGAACAGGAGCGCCGAGGGCAGGUUCCUCACAGCCGCUUUCGAGAACGUCAUCACCGGGGUUGGCGAGAGGUUCGGGGUGGGGAUUGACCGCUCCAACAUCAAGAACCGCCUCAAGCAUGUCAAGGAUAUGUUCCAUGAAUGCGAGAACCUUUUCGAUAAGCAGAGCGGGUUCAAUUGGAACCCCGCCACCCGGAGGUUCCACGCCGACCCACAACUUUGGAGGGAAUUCAUUGAGAGGAAACCGGAAGCCAAGAAAUGGAUGACCAAGACGAUUGACCAUUACGAUCGGCUAUUAGAGUUAUUUGGUAAGGAUAGAGAGAGACCUCCGGGCUUUGAGAGUUCAAAAGCAAAAACUCCCGCGAAAAAAAAGGCGCGAAUAGAACCACCAAAGGAGACACCGCAACGUCAGCACACGUCAUCAAAUGGCUUGGAGUUAUCUAUUGUCGAAACUUCAGAUCAAGUACUGAAUGAAAGCGAGGGCCCUGAUGUAACAGAAAAGAACAAACCUGAGGAGCUUUAUUUAUCAGAGGUGUGCAGAAGUGAGAAUGGCCUUGUUGCAAUACCUGUUCAAGCUAAUUCAUAUGGUAAAGGUUUUCCCUAUGCUCCUGAAAAUUGGCCAUGCCCUGGAGAUGUAUGGUAUUGGAAAGUGGGAAGCAGAUCAGCUCCAGGUGGGCAUUGGAUGGACAGGUAUCUUACACCGCCCCGGCGUUUUCGUGAUGCUACUGGUAAAAAGACAACAUUCACAAGUAAAUUAAAAGUUGAGGAGUUUAUUAAGACAGAAUUUCCAGAUGUUGACCCUAGCACAUUCUUUUCUAUGUUUAUAUGGAGAAUUCCUUCUGGAGGAAGCAAGAUUCAAGGAGGAACUCAGGAAGUGAGGGGCCUUGAACCUGAAAAUGUCUUGGCGGAUCCAGCUGGACCAUGCAAGGUUCGGAAUAAGUCCUGCAAACUUGAGAGAGAAGGAUUUAUUGAAUCAUCACCAGCAAAGGAUUGCGACAUCUGCUGCACAGUGCCCGACUUCUGUCGUGAAUGCUGUUGCAUUUUCUGCGGGAGGGUUGUUGACUACUCCUUUGGAGGUUAUAGCUACAUAAAGUGUGAGGCAGUUGUGGUUGAGAACUACAUCUGUGGGCAUGUUGGACACCUUGAGUGUGCUCUUAAAAUUUUCAUGGCUGGAACUAUUGGAGGAGAGAUUGGCCUGGAUGUGCAAUAUUACUGCAGGCGCUGUGAUAACAAAACCAACCUGAUGAUGCACGUGGAGGAACUCCUGGAGACAUGUCAAUCUCUUAAAACAAGGGAUGAAAUCGAGCCUAUCCUGAAUAUGGGCUUAUGCAUCUUGCGUGGUGCAAGACAAGCGCAAGCCAAAAGCUUGGAGAAAUAUAUGGCAUCAGCGAUGGCGAAGAUGAAGAGUGGGGCUGAUCUUGCUGAAGUGUGGAAAAUGGAAGACGGUGAUGGAUUGCCAAUGCUGAGUGCAGAAGAAAGUUCCCCACCUGCCACCGGUGUCCCACUGCUAGGGGUUGAGCCGUACCCAUAUCUAAUCGAUCCACAGGUUGAUAAUGAGUUGCAGAGAGCUGCCGAAAAUGUUCCAGUUUUCAUUACUGGUGAUCACAAUGUUGUGUCUCUCCAAUUUGAGGAUGAGAUUGAUCAUUCCCUUAAAGAACUGAAGAGAUCUCAGGAAGCAGAAUUCAGGCUGGCAGAGCAGAAGCUUUAUUCCCAGAAAGAUUAUGUCCUCAGUCUGUAUCGGCAGCUUGACUCGGAGAGAUCCGAGCUUGCAGAUCCUGUGCCCUUGUCUGAUACUUCAAGAUACAGCGUGCUCCUGUCCAAUAUAAUGAACCGUCUGGACAAGGUGAAGCGUGAGGAGGAAAAGCUCAAGGCCAUGCUGAAGGUUUCUAAGGGAUUCGGGAAAACACCGGCAAACGUCAAGGAGCAUUUUGGGUUACCUGCAGAAUAGUUCGAAGUUGGACUAUCUUGAACUUAGAACCCAUAGUUUACCGUAAACUAUACAUAGCUAUGUUGUUGUACUGUUGUACUGUUGUAUCUCCUGUUAAGGUGUUGCUCUCGCCAGGGCACACCAUCAGUCUGCCCUAGGAACAUCGGGUCCAGUAUUUAGAAACAGUCGCUCCCAUAUAUGGGAACAGUCGAUCAGACAUCUAAAUUAAUGAGUCUCAGACUUUCAGCGUACA